AUGGCGCCCAUUACAACCGAGUUGUCGACGCUGCGUGCGCUCAGUUUCCGCAUCUCGUCCACACCAACGUCCCAGCUUCCUCAACACGUGCCUGCCAUAGCUGCAUCAUUAGCCAAUUGCAGAACUCUACUCUCCUCAGCUCAGGCCUCAGGUACUAAAGCGACAUCCUCGGAAGCAUCCGUCGCCAUACACAAGUUCCGGACUCUACUUUCCACCUUGCUCCAAGAUCGGACUCCCCAAGGAAGAUGGUGUGCUAUAGUGCUGAUCAAGGCAACGAUUGAAGUCGGGGGUUGGGAGACUCUACAGAAGAGUUUGCCGUGGGUGCGCGGUCUUCUUGGCUUCUUAAACAAGCCAGAUUCGCCAUCAUCCAAGAAGUUAUGCAUCAUCACCUUGACGCGCAUCUUCCUUCUGACCAGGGAAUAUCCGACGUUGAUCCGCGAAAUCACUACUCCAUCGUUAUCACCUUUCGUGCAGACCUGCCUACAAAUAGCAAAUGCUAAGACUACCCCCGUCGGACUGUUGCAGAUCAUUCUGGAGAGCUUCAACGAGCUACUGCCACGACAUCCUACCAUCUUCCGGUCAUAUCUCAAGCAACUUUACCCGCUUCUGGGACGUCUCGUCGCGCCCACCCCAUCUGACAAGACCAGUCAAGAGCAGCAAACUGGAGCGAGACAUGGUACUUGUUCCGACAUCGCGGCUGCGGCGCGCCAGCUUUACGUACAACUGCCGUGCUGUGCACCGAAAGGGGCUUCGAGCGAAGAGUGGACGAAAGCCAUCAAGAACAUCACAAACGUCACCCAUCAAGCAUCAGACCGUGUUUUCCGCGCUGUGGUAGAGGACUGGCAAUCUGCGGCGCGUGAAGCGCCUCUGUCCAAUGGCCAUACGUUGGAUGAUGAGGUCCAAGACCUAGAGCCUAGCUCAGACCUCUCAUCUUGGUCAGGAAUCUUUGCUGGUGGCGAACGGUUGACAGGCCUUCUCUAUGUCAUCAAGGAGUACCUUGAGAGCCCCACGGCAAACACUGUGUAUCUCAACGUUGGCACAAUCGUCGACUUGAUUUCAAGGAUGCUUUCUCUUACGAUUCCUGCAUCCGCAAGCAAGAAUUUCCAAAACACCGUGCGCCUGAACGCUCAAGUCAGCAAGGAAGAACGCGAGUGUCUUUGGUUGCUGCUGCCAGAUGUGCACGUUGCCGCUAUUGAGGUGCUUCUUGCAUUGGCCCACCGAACCCAGACCAGCACCUUGGCGUUGGACCCUAUCAUCAUCGAUCAACUUGUAUGGGUGUUUAGCGCGGAGAAGGAGACUUCCCAGAUCAGAACCGCAUGCUACACGGCCAUUGAUGCUCUAGUGAAGAGAUCAGGUGUCGCUUUACACAAGGCUACUAUCGACUCACUCGUACCUCUCAUCCGCGCUUGCUGCGACGACCUGCUACCAUCCGAGAUUGCAACGCCUUCAACCCAACAGACCCCGGGCCAAGCCAAGGCGAAUGGCAACAGUCAGCCUCAGACGACUGCGAAUGCCGAUAGCUUCCUUGGUGCUGCGAAGAACACCGGUGGACCGAAUGCUGGAUUUACUGGUCUCAAACAAGCAGCCCACCAUUUGCUUCCCGUUUUGCUCUCGAACAUCCCGGCUCAAUACUUGUCCGACUCGAUGCGAGCUCGCCUAGAUCGCACCGCCAUUCUCACUCAGCACAAGGAGGCUAUGGUAGCUAGCGUGCUAAACCCGCCACCAAGCAAGAAGUUUGGAAAGCCUGCAGCAAGCAUUCUACCACUCAUGGCGCGGUCGUUCUCUGCCGAGAAGGAUGUGGAAGGCAUUCUCCGACCAAGGAUGCCAGUAAUCCGUUUGGGUGGUAAAGACGUGGAGAUGGAAGACGCGAAUGACGAGGACGAAGAGAUGGAGGUCGAAGAAGAGCAAGCGGAGGAAGAAGAGCCGCAAGCUUUGGAGCAGGCGGAUGAUCACUUUGCUGGACAAGAGUUAGACAAUCUGUUGGAAACAGCUGGCCAGCCGGAUACGGUAGCGAAGGACUUUGCUAUGGGAGACGCGCCAACACCGAGCAAGCCUGCCGAAUCCACUCCACGAUCGGUUCGUAAGGGCACACUUGCGCAACGUCCUAAUAUCUCCGAACCUACGGCAUUCAGCGAUACCAAGCGACCGAUAGGCGAAGAUGGACCUCUUUCACCCUCUAAGCGAGCGAGAACCAGCGAAGACGAACAGCGCACAACACACCCAAUACCUCCUGUGUCAACGUUCACAACUUCAUCAAGCGAAUCUACUGCCGAUACUACCAUACCCGCUACCUCGGAUUUUGCCGUUACCAGCACCGCCUCGGCUGUCCCCGAUCUUCCCGAACCAGGUCAAGAAAGCGUUGACGACGACAACGACGAUAGCGACGAUGACAAGAUAUCUCUGGUACUUGGACAAGACACUGACGAUGACUCGGAUUAG